CUGUAACUCACUGAUAUUAUUCUCUGUGGUGAUGUGUUCUCGUAGUAAUAAAUAUUUGUAUGUUUUAAUGUUUGAGAGCUGAAGUGUUUGGUUGACAAAGUAUGCAGUAGAAUGAAAUAGAUUAUAUUGUGUUUGACUCUGUGCCACUUACUUCGUGAUGAACCAGUUUAUCUGCAUUUAGAAUACUAAUGUUCAGAUUUAAAUUGAAUUAAAUGUCUCGUCACCUGAAUGUGGACGUAAGGAAGUGUCAUGGAGAGGAAGAGUGUAAAUAACAACGUUAUAACCGUAGAAAUAGUAAAAAAUACUGCCAUUAUAUUCAAUCAAAUUUAUGUAUGAAACUUUGCUCUGUAAAUAAGAUUGCGAAAUUAACAAAAAUGCCAUUAAAUCUCUUCAGCAAGAAAGGAAAUAAAGGUGUUGAUUACAAGUCAAGGUUGGAACACAAAUUGUAUCUAGCCCGAGAAAACCCAGAACCAGUAUUUGAUGUGUCUGAUUGUGGUUUAAAGACGGUUCCAUCAGGCAUAUAUUCAUUAUGCAAGGUGUUCAGAAAAGAAGCUUUGUAUCUUCAGGAGAAUCAGCUGGCAUCCUUAGCAGGUGGGGGGUACCUACAUGAUUUAUCAAUGAUACAGAUAUUAGAUUUACAUUCAAACUGUUUUGUAUACUUACCAGAUGAAAUUGGACAUUUGAAAAAUCUCAGGGUGUUGAACAUCAGCUCAAACCAGUUGAAACUACUUCCAAAUUCAAUAGGACAGUUGGAGAGAUUACGUAUUUUGAACAUUUCAUCCAAUUGUUUGAAAGCCUUACCUGACUCAAUAGGGAACUUGAAAUGGCUGCAGCAUUUGGAUCUGCAUGAUAACAAGUAUCUGAAAGUGCUGCCAGCUUCAUUAGCUCAGUCAGCCAGUCUCAGAGAUCUUACUUUAGAUUCUGAAAGGUUUGCAUAUCCACCAGAAGAGAUUGCUGUGCAAGGCAUUUUUGCCAUAAUGCAGUUCUUAUCUGAAGAGCUGGGUGUGGAUUACAUCUCUCAAUCUGAUUCCGUGGAUAAGGUUCGUGAGGUGUUUCAUCCAUCCAGUGUCAUGGACUGGGAAGAAAAGGAUCGAGACUUUCAGGCCAAAGUCAUGCAGCUAGAGAGACUGAAGGAACGAAAGCAACAAGAAUUAUUGGCCUUAGAAAAGAACUUGGAGGAGCAUCAGAAAAAGGAAGUGGAGCUUCAGACUGCAAAGAAGAUCAGUGCAGGACGGCUUCUAGAAAACCUCAAGCAGCAAGAGAAUAAGCUAGAAAAUGAAAUUCAUCGAAUACAACAAAAAAGAGAAGCAGAAAGGCUGAAGCUUGUAGAUCAACUCCAAGAAGUGGAAGAAACUGCACAGUCUGUGAUAUCUCAGCUAAUGGCCUUCAAUGCAUCAUGGGACUCAAAGCAACUUCAGCACCUGUUAGAAAUGGAACAGCAGGAAGAGCAGCACCUUCUCAAUGUUGCUCAAGCGAAGUACCAGUCAUACCAACGCAAGGAUAUAAUAAAUGCCAUGGAAGCUCUCUUAGAAGAGGAGUGUCUUCGAGAGAAAAAAUUAAGAGAAUAUGAAGAGGGACGAGCUGAAGUCACACGAACUCUGCUCAGUCAGCAAAUGGAGUCGGAUCAACAACUGGAAGACAUACUGAACACUCAGGGACAGGUUAAGACUGAGUUGGUGGGGCGCCUGCAGAAGGAUGAGGAAUUACAGCGUGCAGCAGUAGGGGCACUGCUGGAACGAGGUGAUGCUCGUAGUUGGAGCCUUGUGCAUCAGGUGGCACUAGUUGAGUCACAACUUGCUGCUCUAACAGCAGUAGAAAUGGAACGAAAGAAAUUGGAAAUGGAUGAACAAGUGAUGGAAUUAUCUGAAAAGAGGAUUGCACUGUCUAGUCUCUUGAUGGAUCUACUGUCCCAGCAGGCUGAACGUAGGCGGCAUUUACUGAACACACUCACAGAGAUGGAUAAACGACGCUGGAUAGGUGAAGAGGGACAGAGCGAAGACUUCUGGUUACGACAGUACCAGAGAUUGCUCAACUGCCGGCCAAAGUAUCUUGUAGAAGCAGAAAACACGUUAGAUCCAUUGCUUGUUCACCACCUUGUUGUGGCUGGUGUGAUUCACUAUUUGCCAUUUUUGGCAAGAUGGGUUAAUUCAACACAGACACUUAAAGAUGUUACAGAUACAGUGUUAGAGGAGACAGGUGUGACACAGUCUGAAAUUCGUACAGCAAUUCUGCAGGCCAUAAGGCUGUACCUGGAAGAGCAAGAUGUGUCAGCAAAGAAACUUGACGAGAGGUUGCAGACUCCCGGGACACACCGUGGGUCAGAACCUUCUGCACCUCCAUUAGAAGAGUUGGGGGAUGAUAGAAAUAUGAGCAGUGUUCCAGUUGCAGAAUGCGUUGUGUGCAUGGAUGAGAAGUGUGAAGUCAUCUUUGUGCCUUGUGGUCACAUGUGCUGCUGCAUCAAAUGUGCUGAGAUGGUGAUGGAGUGCCCCAUGUGCAGAAAUGUCAUCAACAAGAAAAUACGUGUCAUAUUGCCAUAACAACCUACAGUGACACUAUAUUAUGGAACAAGGCAGGAUGGGCAAAGUUUAGAACACUUUCACAUUACAAUAAGUUAGGAGGAGAGGGCAUGUUUUAACAUUAAAAGAAAAUCUUUUGUAACUCAUUAUCCCUUACUCUAAUUUUGGUAAUCUACAGACAGAUGACAUUCAGACUGGACAUGUUAUACAGUAAAUUUAUGAAGUAUUAGAACUGAUUAGUUUAGGAAAUUGAACAUAUCAAAAACAGAACAUAGUAUUUUCUGUUAAUAAAAUAUAAAACCAAGUUACAUUUUAUGUAGACCAUAAGUCAGGUGUAUAAACAUGACUUUAGUCUUAACUGAUCACAUGAACAGUGGGUGAUGCUACCAUCAAAUAUUCUUUCCUGCACUGACCUUUCCUCUAAAGUAACUGGUUUUGUUCAGUUGUAUUACUUUUUAAACAGUCUUCAUAUACACCUGAUAUUUUAUAAACAUACGUCUUUAAAAUUCUCUUAAUUAUCAGCACUAAUGAAAACCAGUGAAGUCUAAAUCACACUGUGCAAUGUUUAGGAAUUAUUCAUCGUGAAAAAGUAUGGUUAUCUACCUUAUAAGAAGAGUAAUUUUGUUUGUGUUGAACAAGAAAUUUAGUUUUAUCACUGCAUUAUUUUGGUACCUUGCAAAUAUUUUGAAUGUGAUGAAGUUUUGGUUAACAGGGAAAAUUGAUGUUGAACAUGGCAUAUUCAUUGCCAUACCAAAUUUAUAGGUUAUUCCUUUGGAAUACUGAGAUAUAAAUUACGUUGGAGACCACAGUCCUGUGAUUUUGAUAGAAAUGGUGUGCUGCCAAUUGAAGUACAUUUAUGUCCCAAUUAAAGUGUUUGCUGCAUUCCUGGAGAAUGUCUAAUACAAAAACACAUUAGCCAAGAUAUUUGUUCGUUGACUCAUUGCUGAAAGGGGGAAUAUGUUCCUAUGCAGUUAUUUUUCAGACUCUUUCAUUUAGAGGUGUAGUAGCAAUAGCAGCAGUAAUAGUAGUAAACCUUUUUAAUAGUGACAAAGUUCAAAUAUUAGGGAACACCAGAAACAAAUCAAAAUUUCCUAUAAAAAAAUACAAAUUAAAAUAUACAAAGCACAUUAAGGGAAGAACAUAGAUUUAGGAUGUUUGAGAACAGGGUGCUGAGGGGAGUAUUUGGACCGAAGAGGGAGGAAGUGAUAGACUGGAGUAAAUUGUGUAAUAAAAGUUUUGUAGAGUAUUAUUAAAGUAAUCAUAUGAAGAUAGAAAAUAAUAUGGGCAGCGCAUUGGGAAAGAUGGGAAAUGCAUAUAUAUGAACUUCAUUUGAAAACCUGAAGGGAAAAGACCUCUUGUUUAUACAAGAAAUGUUCUUAACUGCAAAUAUAAGAAAAUAUGCGAACUAAAUACACAUAAUUGGGAUAUAUCUGUACGUUGAGUGGUACACUGUUAGGAAUUGGAUUAUCUUUUUGCCUUUGCUGCUUUUUUAAACAUUUACUACCAACAUUGUCUUGUACAUAUUUUUCAGUGCCUCUUUGUUGUAAACAGUUUGCAAAAUUGCACAAGUUUUUAAAUGUAAGUAUGUGUGCAUCAGUUACACAAGCAAAUUUGCUUGCUUCUCCUAACUUCCCCAUAUAUAACAGAAUUUGACACGAACAUGUAAAAUGGAUUGAAAAAAGUGACCUUAAUCAACAAUAAAAGUAACAAGCCUUUUAAUGAUGCAUGUAUCAACACUGUAGAUUUUAAACUUAUAAUAUUUAUUGGUGCUGCAUAGCAAAUUGUGAGACAUUUACCAAAAGUUAUUUAUUUUUCUUUCAUACAUUAUAAAAAGUGUACAUGAAUUAAUCUUAGAAUGAUCUUAAUACAGCCACUGCAGUGAGUGAUAACACAGAAGAAGCACAAGUGCCAAGUAAAUAACACAAAAAAUAAUUUAUUUCCACUUUUGUAUCCUGCUGUGUGUGUGUGUGAAAAUGUGCAAGCAGGUGUCAUAACUUAAGGGCAUAAAUACAUCAAUGCCUCACAAAUAAAAAAUUGCCUUGAAUUUAAUAGAUGUUUUUGAUAACUCACAUUAGCAUAUUGCAAGAAGGAAUUAGGGUGCUGACAACAGAUUUCCUUUGUACUCUUACUUAAAUAUUUGAGGUUCUGUCAGAUGUUUUAAAUAUCGUUCAUAAUUGAUGAACACAGUUCCAAGACAAGAAAAAGGACUUCUUGCAGUGUAUUAACUGAUAAUUAAACUAUUACACUUUCAAUGUCA